AUGUCCACGUUUGACCCCGCCCGUCAAGCCUUCGAGCACGCCAAGAGAUCGUUUAGGGAAAAGUUGAAGGAUAAAGACCUAUUCCGGCAAUUAUUACAAACGACCAGUAUUGAGCAAGUCUGGCAAACGACGAAUGAGAUACAGGAGAGGCAAGAAGUUGAGAAACGAAUGAGAUUUAUGGGGAAGAUCAAGACCUUCCUAGAUAAGUUGUCAGACUAUGCCUCGGUGGUGGAUACUUUUGUGCAGGUCAAACCAGACGUCAUGGCCUUAAUAUGGGGACCGAUCCGCCUACUGCUCUUAUGGACUGCCAACAUUGCCAAGCUUGCGGACGCAAUUGUAUCUGCGACAUCAAGAAUCGGCGACGUACUGCCCCCAUUUCUCGAGACCGUCAAGAUCUUCAGCGAUAGCGAAAGGCUGAAGAAUAUUCUCUCCCUGUUUUUCGAGGAUAUACUCGAUUUCUACGCCAUCUUGUUGGAGUUUUUCAAGUUGUCGCGUGGGUUCUCAGGCAAUGAUCAAGCCACUGAAUCUCGACGUUAUUGA